AUGAGCGUCGAGACGGAGGAAGCGCCGCUGCUGGUCGGUGGAGGCUCCUGUGUCUCUCCUCGACGCUCGAGCACUGCCACAUCUCCACUAUCAGAUGAAACAGCGCUGGAGCUGGAGCUGGGGCGACUGCAGACUCAGCUGGAUGCACAGGAGGGAGGCAACAGACGAGCUCCUAAGAAACGCAGCAAGGCCAAUAAAGAGCAGAGAUCCGAGAGCGGGGCGUCUUCUGUAGUGAGGAGCGUCAAGACAGCAGAGAAAAUAUCAGUGGCGGCUGUGGUAGUGCAUUUACUCAAGGGAAACAUUGGUCCAGGGGCCAUGUCACUACCCAACGGCUUCUCCAAGACAGGCAUCUAUGCAGGUCCCGUGUUGUUCGUCGUCAUGGCUCUUGUGUCUGUGUACAAUAUGGACUUGUUGCUACGGUGUAAGCAGUUGGUGAGCCCGAAAGCUCCGAUGUCGUUUGGAGACGUAGGGCUGCACAUCCUGGGCCCAAAGGGGAAGCUGCUUAUCGACGUUUUCCUCGUGGGUACACAGCUGGGAAUCUGCUGUGUUUACUUCACUUUUGUAGCAACCAACAUCCACGUCGUUCUCCCAGAGAGCCUCCAGGAAGCCAUCAAUGAACGGCAACUAAUAUUCGCUAUAUUCCCCAUACUACUGAUGCUUUCCUGGGUUCGCACACUGCGUCGUAUCACCCCGUUCUCAGGUCUCGCCAACUUUGCGGUGCUGUCAGGUAUCGCCAUUGUAUUUUACUACUCCAUUGACUACUGGGAACACCCUCGAAAGCCUCGAGAACCGACUGUGCUAGUGGAUUGGAGUCAGAUUCCCGAAUUCUACGGCACAGCCGUGUACUCCUUCGAGGGAAUCGGUUUAGUGCUGCCUAUCCAGAACGCAAUGGCUGAGCCUGAGAGAUUCCCUCGUGUGCUUGCCAUCUGUAUGCUGUGGAUCCUUGUGCUCUUCCUCUUUAUUGGAGAAGUGCCGACGAUUGCCUUCGGUCAAAUCGAUAACGGCAGUAUGACAGCAGUACUACACGAUUACUGCGAGGGAUGGCUAGUUACUAUGGCGAAUGUGGCGCUAGCUUUUGCGUGCACGCUCUCGUUCCCCAUUCAGUUCUACCCUGCAAUCGACGUUUUGGAGAGAAUGCUGCGGCAUAAGUCCGUGAUGCGUCCUGCGCCUCCGUCUGAGCCUGUUCAAGUGACACUAGAGGCAAGAAGACGUCGCAAGGCUCGGAAGAAACACCAGUAUCGCUCGCUGCAUGGACUUGACAACGACGUCGAAGGCCAUCACGACGACCACGAGGUGAUGCUGUCUACCAGCAGCCACAACAGUCGUCCACCGGCUCUCUUUUCGCUGCAAACGAUGCGUCACUCAUUCUCUCCGAUGGCUUCUCCGGCCGCAGUAGCAGCAGCUGCCAGUUUGUCUUCAACGCGGUCAACAGCGAGUGGUCUGGAGCGAUUGGUGUGCAAUUUAUCGCCGUACGAAUGCAAUCGCACGCUGUUCCGCUCCAUGUUGUGCACGAGUCUCAUGAUGGUCGCAGUGUGCGUACCAGACGUGGGGCUUCUUAUCAGUCUCUUUGGCUCCGUGGGCUCGAGCAUGCUGGCGAUUGUCUUGCCUCCCAUUCUCUACCUGGUAGCCACGGGGUCGACGCUGUCACUGCCUUCACGCAUCUUCCACUGGGGAAUCGUCGUCUUCGGUAUCGUUGGAAUGGUUGCUGGCACAGUGCAGGCCAUGCGCCAGGUCAUCGACUCCUUCAACUGA